AAUUACAACGGGCCUACAGAUUUACUUUUUAACAAAUGAAUAAUCAAAUACUCCAGCUCAGCAUCACAAUGAACAUCAGCAGCACCAAGAGAAAACAGCCUCGUACGCUGUACGGUGCUCCGAAGGAAAGAAAUUAUCAGAGUUUCAUAGUGUUUCUGGGUACUGUAUGGGUAGUAGUUACAGUUUUAUUGAAGCAUUCUUUUGGACUAAAUUGUUGCAAUAAAUUUUAGUGUAGUGGUCAGUCAGCUAUGGUUCUAGCAGAAAGAAAUUCAGAUAAUGUUAGAAAUGGACGGAGAUCCAGAGGACCAAGCCCAAAUGGUCAUGCAUCCGAGUCCAGUAGCGAAGAGGAAGGUGAAGAAAAGAUAAGAGUUGGGAGGGACUAUCAAGCUGUUGUGCCUGAACUGAUACCUCUGUCAGAACGUCGUCCUGAACAGUGUGGAGAACGGGCUCUUCUGGUUUGGUCACCAACAACAGAUAUACCUGAUUAUAAAUUGGAUGAAUAUAUAUCACUAGCAAAGGAGAAGUAUGGCUACAAUGGAGAGCAGGCACUUGGGAUGCUGUUCUGGCACAAACAUGACCUUGAAAGGGCAAUAUUGGAUCUUGGCAACUUUACUCCAUUCCCAGAUGAAUGGACAGUUGAGGACAAAGUUUUAUUUGAGCAAGCUUUUCAGUUUCAUGGGAAAAGCUUUCAUAGGAUUAGGCAAAUGCUGCCAGACAAAUCUAUAGCAAGUCUAGUGAAGUACUAUUAUUCAUGGAAGAAAACACGGAGUCGAACAAGUUUGAUGGACCGACAAGCAAGGAAACUGGCUGUCCAUCGUGAGGAAGGCAGUGAAGGAGGAUCAGAACUAGGUUCCAACACUGACUCGGAUUCUGAUGAGAAGAAAUGGACAAUUCACCGAGGCAUUCGUCGUAAGAGUGGUUCACCUCCAAGGCCAGCUCAGAAUAAUGAUGAAUCUGGUAGUCAGAAAGAUGGUGCGGAGGGUGGGAAGAGUUCUUGUGCUAACUGUGGGGUUGCCUGCACUCACACCCACACUUCUCCUAAAGGCAGCAUGUGCAACACUUGCUACCAACAUUGGAGACGCACAGGCAGUGUCCGUCCAACAACCGGUCCGGUGAAGCGCGAUAGACACUGUCACGUUCUUCUCCGCCACAAACGCAAGCCCCCCCGAGGGAUGUACAUUAACCACGAUGAUCUGGUGGCUAUGGCUGCCGGGCCGCCAGCACCUGCCCCUGCCAGUCAGGGUGACCAAAUGUUGAAAGCAAUGGAUAGGGAAAUUAUUUCCCUUAAGAGACAAGUGCAGAAUAACAAACAAAGUCUGAGUUCUUUCAAGAGAAAAACUGCUGAGGGGAUUGACGAUUUACGCCCACCAGAUUCAAACAACCGUAUCAAUGCUCGCUGGACCAAUGAUGAAUUAUUGUUAGCUGUGCAAGGUGUACGUAAGUAUGGAAAGGAUUUUCGAGCCAUUGCAGAGGUAAUUGGCACCAAGACAGAAGCUCACUUACGUAGUUUCUUCGUUAACUAUCGUCGCCGUUAUAACUUGGAUGCUGUGUUGAAGGAAUUUGAAGCAGAGAAUGGACCUAUUGUUGACAGUGAUGACAAAGAGGAAAAGAUGGAGACAGAUGGUGUGUCUUCUGGUAGUGAAGCCAGCACGCCUACUCCUGGGGGUAGCUCCCCUGUUACAGUGGCUCCUGGGUCUCCACCGCUUAUCAAGCAGCCGUUUCCCAAGACCACUGUUGGAACAGGUCUUGCUGCUAAAUGAUACUGGCUCGAGCAUGAAAUGAUGUAAUUUUUAUAUAGGUUUUCAGUGAAGUGGAAAUGGUUGAAUUUGAAAAGUGAAGUGGUGAAAAUAAGAGAAGUGCUAAAAAGAAUGCAGAAUAUGAAAUAAUUUGUGAUUUGAACUUCAGGAAGUUGUACGUUCCAUAUAAUAAUUUCUCUGGUGAAAUAAUUUGCCUGCGUUAUGAAUCAUCUUUGAACAUAAAUUUUUAAUUUAUAUCUUGCCUUUAUUACUGUCAUUAACAUUUUAUGUGUGUUUGCAGAAUUUGUAGUUUUAACUGGGAGGAACUUGACUUAAAAAUAUGUAUUGAAGUGCUUGAUGAGUCAUAAUGUGGAUUUUGGAGAGAAAAUACAAGUGCACCUUUAGAUAUUUUUCAGCAGCAAUUUACAACUAAUAUGGUAUUUCCAGAAUGUAAUAAUAAAAAAGGUCUUGUUCUAAGUAAUGAAGUAUUUGUUAUUUUGUAAUAACUUGGAAAUAGAGCAGUUUUUUAACAUGAUGUUUAAUUCAGUCGUAAGAUAUUGUUGGCAUAGUCCAAGUAAAAAUAUUGAUUCUUGAGGCCUAACCUAGUUAUUAGAUAUUUUUCUGCACUUUGUAAGAGAAUAACGUGAUGGAACUGUUUUGACUGUGGUUUAAUAUUGUAUGUUUGUGUUGGCAUUUCAUCUUGCUUGGCUGCUAUUAAGAGACAAUGAUGUGAGUUUAUUGUGCCCUUUUUUGGAUAAUUAAAUUUGAAUUAAGUAGGUUCUCUUCAUUUGUAAAUGGGAAUGGCUGUGUUUUGUUUGUUUAAGAAAAUGUGUACUGUCUGGUAUGUUUUUGUACAGUUUAAAAAUUUGAUGGUAUUAUGAUGUUUCAGUGUAAUAGAUAUUUAUAUUUUACACUUUGUUUCAGUGAAGUGUUUUACAUGAGGAAAUGAGCAGUCCAUGUUUUGGAUUUAAAGAAUUGUAAGUGACAUUGUCCUAAGCUUGUGUGAGUACCGUGGAGGAUUCUUUCGUCAUUAAAAAUAAUUUGUGUUAGUAGAAACUGCAAUGAUUGAUGGACAUGAAACAUCUGUUGUGGCAGUGUGUCAUGGUCAUAAGAAGAUCCUGUAAGGACAUGAUCUGUACUUCUGAACUGGACUGGAAGCCAUCUGAAAGAUAAGUACUUGUGUACAGAUCUGCAGUAAGUUACAGUUCAUAAUGCAGCACAGCUUUGUAUGCAUAUAGAUUGUACAUGCAGCAGCAACAGUUUUACAUGUUUUCUGAAGGAAAAUUUCCUAAUUUAGCUAUGUUACAUAUAUUUGCAAGCAUUAGGAAUGUAUGUUAGAAGGGAGGUUGUAUUGUUUGUGAUUUUGUAAAGGUUCUUUUGAGGUAACAGAUAUGUACCUUCUUAACAUGAAUUUGCAAAAAUGAAAAGAUAUGAUAGCCAAUCACAGGUGAGCACAUUUGAGACAUGCACUACUUGUUUAAUUAUUUUUAGACACAGUUUUAAUUGCAGACCUUGGACUAAUACUUUUACGUAUUUAUUAAUGAUGGAAAAUACAUUAUUAAUUUGAUGUACAAUUAUAUGCUGUAAGUAUUAAGAAGUGAAGAAUUUGCAGCCAGUGUUUCAGGUAUGAUAUACUUGCAAAUGGUAACAUUUGUGAAUUAUAACACUUGUAUGAAGUGGUUUUUUGUUAAGUUGAUUCAUGGGCAGAUUAAUUCAUACUUCAAAAACCAAAGUUACUAAAGAUAUUUGCCUGAAGUGUACAUUUACCUAACAUAGAUAAUCAUAUUCACAUCUUAGCAGUGGCUGUUGAAAUACAUUGAAACUUUAAUAUAAUUUGUCAACAAAUUAUUUUGCUUAUGGCAGUGAACAGUUGCAUAUAUUUUUUUAUUGUCUUCUUUUUUGGUCUAUAAUCAGUUUUUGUGUACAUGGAUGUUUGGGUUCAUGUCUUAUUUUAUAUAUACUAGUAUCAAUGACACCUGUUUAUAGUUUAUUCUUUUUCCUUGAAAACUGCACAUGUGGAAUCUGCAGUUGCUCAGAGGGAAUCUGUGUAUAGGUCUUAAGGUGCGCACUUACCACUAUGCAGUCAUUAUUUUCUAAGUAUUGUAUUGAAUCUAGCUUUGUAGCAUUGUAUAUUGUAGUAAGAAAUUUAUAUUUAUAAAAGAUAAAUAAUUGAAAAAGGGUAUUAAAUAUAUACUCCAUAAAUAUUAUAUAAUUUCCAUAAUAGAUUGAUGGAGUAUGUUUGAUUAAUUUCUUAUAUUAGAUUCUAUUUUCAAAUUGGUAUUGCAGAGAUAUUGCUGUUACAAAAUUAAUUAACGUUCUUUACCAUCAGUGUGCAGUCAGUAUUUGGUUACCACUGAGUCAUGUAUUGAAGAUGGAAUCUUGUGUAAUAAUAUACUAGGUUUCUUUGAGUUAAGGGGAUAGAAAUGUAUUUUCUAAUUGAAAGGGAGUUCCGUACACUGGUUCAUUAUUUGAUAGUUCUUAAACAAUUUUGAAUGUCUGUUGUAUUCCUUUCUUUAUUGUUAUCUUUGUUGAAAUGUGAAUUUAUUUACAUGGAAAAGGGAGGAGAAGAAACCUGGUGAGGUAAUCUGUUACAGAGUUCGUGGGAAAUGUCACAAGUCAGAGGUUUGCUUUGUUCCAGCUGUAAAAGAAUGUAUUUAUAUGCCCCUGUCCCAGUUAUACAUGACUUACAGAGUUUUAUAUGAGUAUAUUUUGUAACUUCAGUGAGCAAAUCAAAAUGAGGUGACAUCCAUCAUACCCCUAAUAAUGAUAACCAAAGUAAGGCUUCAGUUAGUUUGCCAUAUUCAACAUUUUUCUGCCAUGUGUUGUUAUGUAAUCAACUUUAAAAAUUCUCCCACAGCCAUAUGUUGACAUGCAUACAAUCGACAAAAUUUCUUUUUACAUUCCUGUCAUCGUUGAUCAUGUGUCACUGUUGUCGCUGUGAAAUGGCAGUGAAUUACUGAAUGCUCUAUGUGGUGUCUAUUGCUAUUUGUCACAAGUAACUCAAACUUCUUGAAAAACAGAACAUAAUUAUAGAUUUUAGGGAAUUAGUUGUUGAGAGGUAUUUAAAUUGAAGAUUGCUAUCUUCAAAUCCUACAUAUUUAAAUUGCCUACACACGCUGGCUGUUCAAAAUUCUGACAUUGUGACUGGUAAGGGUUAGUCUCUAUUCCUAUAUGACUGUCACUUCUGCUUUGUCUGAUGAACUGCUAUACAUGUUCUGAUUUCAGUUACCCAUAGCUCCUUGCAAAGCCUGUGAUUUGUUGCUGAUUUGAAAGAUGUGUUUUCCAAACUUGAUUUUUGUUUAAUUUCAUCAUUAAAACUUAUAUUGAGUAGCAAAGUGAAUAUUGAUCCCUUUCAAAUGGCAGAUUGUCCAUAAAACUUGUAAUGGAUGUAAAUAAUUUAAAGGUAGAUAUAAAGUUUAACAUCUGUGUAUUAUAGACUAAUGAUUGGACAGGAGAGAAUAGCUACACUUCAGUGGAAAUUGAAUUUAAUAAUAAAAGAGAGACUGAAUUACAACAUUUCUUAACUUUAAAAAAGUGGUCAGAAUUAUUGGACUGAAUUCAAGGUUUUAAAGUUUACACAGUUAGGCAAAAGUUAAACCAAAAGUGAUCAUUACUUUUUAGAGUGCUUCAAACAUUUUCUUCAGUAUUACAAAACUGCUGAUUUCAGUCAUGCAGAUACACAUACAGUUUUAAAACAUACAUUAAUAUAACACUAGUUUAUGGUAAAUUGAAUCCAAAUUGUUAAUCAUUCAGACUCAAACCCAGAAUUAUUUAAAUUUUGUAUAGGUACUACAGUCAAGUGAUUAUAUAUCGAAGACAUAUCACAAUGCUUGAAAUUCCCCAUUUUCUUCAGUGGGCUCUAGUUUCUUUCUGUGUGCGCACAAACUAUUUGAGUUGGUGAAGUUCUGUUCACUGUGGCUGUGUGCCGUUAUCAGAACAUCAAUUUGUGCAUGAUUACACUGUGUGUGACAUCAACAGGUGGAAGGCCCACUGAACAUUAUGUCAGGUGGAAAUUUUAGGGUCACUACAAUGCUGUAUCCUUAAUAAUUUGUUCAAACAAGUUAGGGUAGGAUAUAACAGAAAUAUGUCUUUACAGUAAAGGAAUUUGCAGAGAUAAGAGUUCUGGUGGACUAUUUUACCAGGUUUUUACUUUUCAUUUUUCUGAUACUAAUCUGUUUUUAUGGACUUUAAUUAGCACAGAGGAUGAGUUUUUUAUUUUUAAUUCAGUAUGGGAACUUAGUAAGUGUUACACAAUUCAUAAGGUUCUGUAGACUUGUUUCAUUUCAUAUAAUUUUUUCUGCGGUCUUGACUUUUCAGUCGCUUGUGUUUUAUACGUGACAGUAUGAUUGUACUUUGAAUAUAGGUGGAAUAAAACGAUUGAUGACUACAUCAGAUAAAACUUUUAAUGGAAAGCAUGGGAAGUCUAAGAUUUUUACAAAAUAAAACUAUAUUAGAUAUCUGUUGAAAUGUUCAUUGAAGGAAAUGAAAACUGGUUAUGAAAUGUAUGUAGAAAUGUGGCGAUAGUGUAAUGAACAUGUCAUUUAAUGACACUGGUUACUUUCUGACUAACUGUAUGUUCUUACAAUGGUAGUGACACCAUUUUUACAGUCUUUUGCUUAUUUUUGUCUUAAUUUUCAAAACAGUUUAGUCAUUUGUGAAAUAUCACAAGACUUUGUAUACUAAGAUGUAUUUAAACAUGAAAUGGAAGUGCAUUACAUUAUUUAUUAUUGUACAUGAA